AGAGAAGGUCAGAACGCCUUAGAACUUAGUAGUCACAAAGGAACAGUUUAAAUAUGGCUGAUGCUAGUCAAGGGAACGGCGGUGGUCGGUACAAAGACUUUCCGGCGAUUGCAACGCAUGGCGGUCAGUUCACUCAGUACAAUAUCUUCGGAAAUCAAUUUGAGAUAACCGCCAAAUACCGCCCUCCGAUCACGCCGAUCGGUCGCGGCGCUUAUGGUAUCGUAUGUUCCGUGAUGAAUUCGGAGACUAACGAGAUGGUGGCGAUGAAGAAAAUUUCUAACGCGUUUGAUAAUCGCAUGGAUGCGAAGCGGACGCUCCGUGAGAUUAAGCUGCUGCGACACCUCGAUCACGAAAACGUCGUAGGUAUCAGGGAUGUGGUCCCACCGCCGGUGAGGAGAGAAUUCACUGAUGUCUACGUCGCCACUGAACUCAUGGACACUGAUUUGCACCAAAUAAUUCGCUCUAAUCAAAGUUUAUCAGAGGAGCACUGUCAGUAUUUCUUAUACCAGAUUCUUCGAGGAUUGAAGUAUGUACAUUCGGCGAAUGUUAUUCAUAGAGAUAUAAAGCCUAGCAACCUACUGCUGAAUGCAAAUUGUGAUCUAAAGAUUUGUGAUUUUGGUCUUGCUCGGCCAACUGCAGAGAAUGAGUUCAUGACUGAAUAUGUUGUCACAAGAUGGUAUAGGGCACCCGAACUAUUGCUCAACUCUUCGGAUUACACUGCUGCUAUUGAUGUGUGGUCUGUUGGUUGCGUUUUUAUGGAGCUCAUUAACAGAAAGCCGUUGUUUCCUGGGAGAGAUCAUGUGCAUCAGAUGCGCUUGUUAACACAGCUUCUUGGCACACCAACUGAAGCUGAUCUUGAAUUUGUUCGAAAUGAGGAUGCAAGGAGAUAUAUCAGACAACUCCCAGCUCAUCCCCGACAACCACUAGCAACAGUUUUCCCAAAUGUUUCUCCAUUGGCUAUUGAUCUUAUUGAUAGAAUGUUGACAUUUGAUCCCACCAGAAGAAUUACAGUUGAAGAAGCCCUAGCACAUCCAUAUUUAGAAAGAUUACAUGACAUAGCUGAUGAACCAGUCUGUCGAGAGCCAUUUUCCUUUGAUUUUGAGCAGCAACCCUUGGGAGAAGAGCAGAUAAAAGACAUGAUCUACAAGGAGGCCUUAGCUCUGAAUCCAAAGUUUUCUUAAUAAAAAUGUAUUAACUCGUCGUUGGUUUGUUACAUACUUCUUUCUUGGAAGCACCCAGCUUAGUUAUUGUUUGAUUGCCAGUUUUUGGUAGUUGAGAAAAUGCAAGCAGAGUAGAGAAACAUGUUGAAUACGCAUCUUACAAUAUCUUUGAGAUGGCUUUCCUUAGUGGAGCACUUAUUACUGCCAUCCAUCUUGUUUUCAAGAGGUCAGUCCCCUUGCAAGCUCCACAAGCCAUUAAAACCUCAGAUUUAGUGCUUCUCCCCUUCUGUUAUGUAUUUAUAUUUUCUGUCUGAAUUUUAACUAUAUUCUGUAUGUAUUACAUGCUUUUGUUGUAAUCCUUGAUUUGAUUUAUUGUAAGUUAGAUACAAAUAUCUUGUUGUAACAUAUAUCAAUGAAAGAAUCAAUCAUAU